CCUUGAUGAAGGUUUCCAGCACGGAGACCUGUUCAUGUCCUACAGAAGCAUGUUUCAGGAUGUCCGGAAAGCAAUGGACUUUGUUCAUGACAAGGGAAUCCUGAAAGAUCAAACUAUCAAGAAUCUGGAGAAAUAUGUGAUCAAAGAUCCUGGUAUCCCUGUGCUCCUGACCAGAAUCAAAGAGGUGGCGAAGGUUUUUCUUGCCACUAACAGUGACUACAACUACACAGAGGUGAUCAUGAAGUACCUGCUUGAAGGUUACACACAGGCCGGAUACCCCAGGAAGACCUGGCGCUCCUUCUUUGACCUUGUUGUUGUGGACACCAGGAAGCCUCUGUUUUUUGCUGACGGGACGGUGCUGAGACAAGUGGACACGAACACAGGAAAGCUACGCAUCGGGACGUACACCGGAGACCUGCAGCAUGGGACUGUUUACUCCGGAGGCUCUUCAGACAUCAUCUGUGACCUGCUGGAUGUCCGUGGGAAAGACAUCCUCUACGUUGGAGACCACAUCUUUGGAGACAUCCUCAAGUCAAAGAAGCGUCAAGGCUGGAAGACUUUCCUGGUCGUACCUGAGCUCACCAAGGAGCUGCAGGUGUGGGAGGAAAAAAGAGCUGUUUUUGAGGAGCUGAAACGUCUCGACGUCUUCUUAGCUGAACUUUACAAGCAUUUGGACAGUGGCAGCAAAGAGUGUCCGGACAUCAGUGCCAUCAAAACAAGAAUGACUGUCCUGACCUACAGAAUGGACAUUUGCUAUGGGCAGAUGGGCAGUCUCCUGCGCAGUGGCUACACGCAGACGCUGUUCGCCAGCCAGCUCAUUCGAUACGCAGACCUGUACUCAUCCACCUGCAUCAACCUGCUGCAGUACCCCUUUAAUUACCUCUUCAUGGCUCCCCCAGUCCUGAUGCCCCAUGAGGCAGCUUCUCAAAACUCUGCAGAAGUUGCUUCAUCAGAGCAGAACAGUCACGGUGUGGUGACAAACAGAAACUAAGACACGAUGAAGGUAAAUAUUUGCACCUGAACACAGAAGAAGGGCUUGCUGCAUCCUUUACUGGCUCUACUGCGCCCUCUGCUGGAUAUGAACUAAAAUGCUACAAAAGGUUCACAAUAGCAAAGAAAAAAAGGUUUUUGUAAAUACGUGUGUUUUUAGGUGCAAAAUGCACUUUUAAUAUAAACUUUUGUGUAAUGGUUUUAGGAUUACAUUUAUUUAUACAUCAUUUGUUGGGUUGUUCUGAUAUUUAUCAUUAAUAUUUCAUUUGAAGGUUCUUAUUUCUUUUGUGCAUCUCAGUAAUCCAGGUAAAAAAUAAAAAAGAAAAACAUUG